AUGGUCUACACAAUUGUCGUUCACCUCUACGCCAAGGACGAUGAGGAGUCCCUCAAGAAGCUCACCGCCAAGCUGAUCGAGGCUAGCCGCGUCUACUCCCAGGACAAGGAGACUCUGUCUUGGCACGUUAUGCAGUCCACCUCUGACAAGCGCGCCUUUACCAUUGUCGAGCGCUACGAGCAAGAGAGCAGCCAGGAAUACCAUCUUAACAACCCCUACUGGAAGACUUUCGACCCUUACGUCAUUCCUCUACUUGAGAAGCCCAUGGACUUGAGACGUUUUGAGGAGCUUGACACUAGCAAGGACGUCGAGGUUCCUCAAUAG